GGAACCUCUUCUAGAUUUGCUGGUGAACAAGAAGAUAUCAAUCCUAAUUCAGAGGAUACUUGUUCUAGCAGAUCUGCUAGCAGUACUUCCCUUGCCACGACGCCGCAGAGUCGGAGGAUUGUGAAGCAUUUUGUUUGCACCAACUCCUUAGGCGGACACACGGUGAAAUUUUCGAGGUACUUCGAUGCCGACUCGUCACUCCUCACAGAAUUCACCGUUCGUCAUCUAGAGUGGUGGAUCGCCCAGACCGUCGAAAACAAGCCAAACUCCUAUUUUGAAUCUGACACUAAAGACUCCUUUGAAAAAAUCAAAGUUUACUCUUUGCAGAGUAGAAAGGCAGGCGGAGAUGAAGACCCAUCAGCCAAGCCUGGAGGGGAUGCUGUGCAACCUGAACCAAAUACAGGACUGAGCCUGCAACCUUGGACCUUGUUGAAAGGUGUGAUGUGUCUGGACCACGCUACCAGCAGCUGCCCUGAAGGAGAAACACUGGAGGUAGAGUACAUCUCGCGUCCCGCAGAAUGGAUUGAAGCAAGGAAUCACCCGAUACCCCGAAAGGCUCCCGAAGACAGCGAGUUCAACUUAAGAGAACAUACGGAAAUCGAGAUCUUAUUUGUCGACUUCAAGAUGAUCUACUUCAAUACAACAUAUCGACUUGGACUUCAACAAGAUGAUGUACUUUAUAUCUGCCCCUAGAGGUUGUUACAACCGUUGUAGUUAUAAGUACUUUCAACAUGAUUGCCAGCGCGUUACAUAUUUCGACGGUAGUUGUUGCGAAAAGAAAGAAGUGGAUGGAUAUUGACGCAAUCGUGUGAUUGAUCCACAGUGUAGCAUUAAGUACUGAUGUGGCUUGAUAUUGACGCAAUCGUGUGAUUGAUCCACAAGAAGGUGCCACCAAGUACUUGUGUAGAUCCUCUAAGGUUUGGACGAAGAGGAGCUGACGACCCGGUGAUGACACUACAAAAAGGCUUUUACCAGCAUGUUUCUGAGGACAUCCCAACACGAAUGGGGGACGAGAGAGAAGAGGGAGAAACAGAACGACAACUGUGGCAAAGAAUGUACGAGAGACAGGCAGCAGACGGGUACCGUGACCAUCCCGAGGUUGUUUUCGCCGCGCUCUGCUUAUCCGGGAGUUUGCUAGGAGUGAUGCCGCCUCGCAUUCGCAAUGACAAGUUUUUCGUGAGAGUCGCAGUGCAUCCAGAAUGCGGA